AUGCCCACCAUAAGCACCGAAGCCAACCUCGACCUCCUCCACUCUAUCUACAAUGUCCCCUCCUUCUCGCUAAUCCUCCGCCACUUCCGUGACACCUGUCCUCGCUCCACUUACGUCUGUCAUGCUUGUCGAAGUGUCAUCCUCCACAAGAUGGUCCUCGGCGCCUCCCAUCCUUCCCUGUGCAACAAGCUGGGCCUCACCCCCUUAUUCAAAAUUCUACAAGAAGAAGGACUAACCGCCUCCAGCAACUAUGGCCUCGACAAGUCUGAUCGCAGGGUACCCAAGCCCGAAGCCAUUGAUUACAUGACAGCACUUGGCUCACCAGAAGUAUGGCAUGAGGUGUUGACCUCUGGAUGGGGGGGUUUUUUGGUCAACUAUCUUGUCGUCCAAAAAGGUCCGGGAUACUCAACUGAAGAGCUGGAGGACAUGGGAAAGAAAGAGCUAGGCAGUCUGAUGAGCAAGCUCAUCUUUCUCUGCAGCGGAACGUACACCGUCCUGGACCUGUUCCACAACCGCAGAUUUGACCAGUUUGCCGAGUGGACAGCUGAAUUACUGGCAAACCUUGAGUGCCCAACCGGUGCGUGCAAGGCAUUGCAGUGGCAGGAGUUGGCGGGUAGGAACCGGCACGGGGUGUCGGGAUCCGUCAAGUCGCUGGACGGCGAGGAUGCCAUUGUUUUUGCGAAAAUCGUCUUGUUUUCGGUCAGAUCGCUGUUGGACCCUCAAAUUCGUAAUGUUAUCGACAAACACCCCGGUCUGGUACCGCAUCUCGAGAAGGACUUUGAUCCGAGAGUGGUGAUGCCAUCGGCGGCGAGGAGGUACGCAUGGAGGCCUCAACGACUCGUUGAGAUGACCGUUAGAGAUGCUAGUGGAUUAUUCGAUGAGGCCAGGGAGAAGGGGUACUUUGACAUUUUGAUCGAGGAGGGUAGGGAGAGAUGGAGAGCGGCGAAGAAUUUGGCGAAGAAGGAAGAAGAGGAGGAGGCUUACGAACCCUACUACUAG